UCCGAGGCUUCGCUGCGUGUUUUGUAAUUUCAGUUUUUAUUCGAUGAUAAGGACGUAUGUUAUGUGGGAAAACUGGUUGCUAUAACAUCUUUAGGGGCAGAAGUUAUCGAGAAAUACGAUAUUUCAAGGUUCCAUUUUGAGCGAAAGACGUUGGAGAUAAAUCCGGAUGACUCGAUGAUGCUUACGAGAGUUGGCUCAUCUCACGAGAUCAGACGAGACUAGCGAGGGGAGCAGACGACAAUUGGCCGCUUGGGAUACUGCAUGAAUGGUUGCUGCCGCCAGUGAUGGCGAGGUACUGACCACGAUGUAGAGACAGAAGGAGCCCUCAAUACUCGCACCAUGUAUCAGCGAAGGAACUCCCUGUCGAGGGAUCUGGGGUACUACAACCCGUCCUAUGACAGAGGGUACGGCAGCGGUCUGAACAGCAGCCCCAAGACUUAUGGCGGGUUGUAUGAUAUGGGCACAAGUAAAGGUAGCGGUCGGAGCUACACGCCUCAAUCGUACGGCAACUCUGGGUACGGAACUUCCGGUUACAGAGGAGGAUCUUCCUACCAACCGCCAAACAGAAGCUACAGCUAUGAGCCUCCCAAAUACGUCUCGCCAGUAUCUGUGACGGACAAAGUGAACAAGUUUUCGAACAUGGAACCCAAAUAUUCAUAUAGUGGUGACCGUUACCCGUCCGUCGAUCGCAGCACGAGCAGCAGGGAUCGAUACCCCUCCCUCGAUCGCCACUCCACGAGAAGUGGCUAUUUGUCGGACUAUGGCGGCAGCAACCCUCGUUCCUACGGGUCCUGGGACAGAGCUUCAACACGCUCUAGUAAGAGUUACGGUGCCGGUAGCAGGGAGACAUCUCCCGUCAGUACCAAGUCGUCGAGGUACGACUACAGCAGCAGUGCUUCUCCCUACUCUACGUAUUCGUACAAGAGUGGGUCGGACGCGUCGCCUGUGACGCGGCGGUAUGAACGACAGUCUUCCCGAGGGAACGACGCUCCAAGUCGACCGUCCGCAGAUACCAAACCGACAGGCAAACAGACCAGCAAACCCUGUAAACAGUCGGCGUAUGUGCCUAAGAGACGGCCCAGAGAGUCCUCAGUGUCAGAUUCGGAUGACAGUGCCCCCGAGGCUGAGAAAGCGAACCAGUCAGUCAGAUACCUGAUAUGCAGAGGUACUUCGCCAAUGCCAGAAGGGGAACUACAUAAGAAAGACGCCAAGGAGCCAAAAAGGGAUGCUCCUUCGCGAACCAGGAGGAUCAAAUGCCCCGUGAGGGAGACUCGAAGAGGUAGACAGAGCAAGACGGACCACCCCAACACUGUCGACUGUGCAACACAGACAAAUAUGGACCAACAGAACACCAAGAGGUCCCGUGGAUUAGGUGGAGGAGGAUACAGAGGAAGUAUUGGCGGCGGCAGUGGCGGUGGUGGUGGAUCAGGUUUAGGUCCUGGAGAAACCUUCUACAAAUAUCGCGACAAGUUUCUACCGGGGACAAGUUACGCCCCGAAGAAGUCAAGUUAUGAUCCGACUCCAAAGAAGUCCUAUUAUAGGGAUGAGGUUCAAGAUCCACCAUCCGAGAAAUCUUGGCGCCAAGCUGUUUAUGGAGAAGUUCCACGUUCAUCCAGGAGAGAAGAAGCUGAUGCUGAAUCUAUCGUGAUGGAAGAUGAAGAUGACAGAAGCAGCAGAAAGGGCAGGAGACGCGAACCACGAACUAGCACUCCUAAUACAGAUUAUAACAGCGCAGCUGAUGAAAGACAUUCCCGACACAAGCCUCCUAGCAGGUCGUCCUCGAGAGAAGACAUGCUGGAUGACAAGCCAAAAAGGAAGAGGCACUCCAGCAAGGAACUCUUGGACUGUGAUCAGCCUCCUCUCACUCCAGAGAACCUGUCGCUAAGGGAGAGUAUUGAGAAGGUUCAUCAGUGGAAGCAGAAUCUGCCUUCGCCAUCAAGUGCAUACUACACAGAACCGGAUGGUGCUCCUAAUGAUAUGCGAAGACAUCCAGGAGUAGGCGCUGAGAGUAAUUUCAACAGAAAUGACAGACAAUAUGUCCACCAGGACUCGAUGAGGGCCAUGAUGGACGAUUCUGAGGUUCCCUACUCUAGAGAUGGUUCCCCAUCUCGUCAGAAACGAAGGCAAAGGAAGAACCUCUCGAGGGGUGGAUCUAAUGACAGUAUCCUUGACGAUGAUGAAUACCAAGGACACAUGCCAAACAAGGACUUCAGAAAAUCAAAUCUCAACAAGUCGACGAUGGACAAGUAUCGCGACAAUGAGGUAUUUGAAGGAGAAGAUAGACGUGGCCAUAUUCGCAAUGACAACUACGGAUUGCAAAGAAGAUCUGGUAGUUCUUCAGAAGCUACUGACAACAGACUGAAGAGGGACAGUUCAAGGGAGAGCAUCCUUGACGACAGAAGGAAGUCCAGAAGGGAGAAAUGGGAGAACGAUGGCAGUCACGCACACGGCCACGCAAGUGAUAGUGCAGGAUCUCAGUUUGGAUUUAACAGAGAGGAGUCUCCGAACAGAGGCAUCUUCGGCCGGUCCUCCAAGUCCAACAGAUCUAGUAGACAAAGCUCACGCGAGGACAUGUUGGAGGACAGGGGAAGACACGCUCAACUUGCUCGACAACAGUCGGUAGAGCAGUAUUUGUCUCCUUAUGAUAGAAUGAGACCAAACCAUCUCGCCGUGUCCAAUGAAAGCCUAUCCAAGAUGAGCAGUGGUUCAGGCUUUGAUGACCCCAAUUUGCAACGAAUGUCAAAUUCUGUGUCUCAGCAUUCGAUUGCUUCUAUGACGAGUCAGGGAACUCUCCCCGACAUUGUGCCACACAGUCCUGAGUCUGAAAUGGGCAAAUCAAAAUCUUCUCCAGAUGGUCAGAAGAAACAACCUUACAAGGGAGCCCGUUCUGGUUACAUCAGCGCUGUACAAGACAUCGACAGCCUCCUUGACGACGACGAGAGGCGACGACAGGCAGACAUCAUGGACUCUCCAGUACCAAGGACGCCACACCACCCAAUGCAACCUUCUCCACUCUCGCCAUCAUCAUAUGAAGAUGAUCCGUUCACGAAGCGAAGGCCAAACAGCUACUCCUUCGAAGCUCAGCAAGAUGGACGAUCCUCUGGAUCCAAGAUGCGGGCAUCAAAGUCUCAUGAUGACAAACUCAUCGACAUCGAAGAUGAACGCAUUACGGCUGAACGGUCACCCCAACAAGCGGCACCUUCCAAGACCCGAGGUCCUCCUUCUACAACAUCUAAGCAGAUGGCGCAGAUCUUGACUCAGAAGAAGGGCCUGGUAGCCAUUGCAGACUUCCUGAAUCUCUGUGAGAAGCCACCGCCACCUCGCAUCAUCAAGAUUCCGGGAGCAUCUGACGACGAUGACAGAAACUUCAAAGGAUACACCUCCGCCUCCGACAUGUUGGAACACCUCGGAGUUGACGUCAAAAAGCUUGAAGACUGUGCGCUGCAGAUCUACCGCUACCACAGCGGGUCGCAGGGAGAGUAUGGAACCUAUCUGGAUACUGAGUCUACUCUCGAUGAACAGGCCGAGGAGCUAGACGGAUUCCAAGACCAGCGGAAGAACACGCUGAUUCUGCGAACUCAACUGACAGUCAGGGUACAUGCUAUUAUAGAAAAAUUACUGACAUCGACUGGGAGAGAAUUACGAAGAGCUUUAUUUUCACUGAAGCAAAUCUUUCAGGAUGAUAAGGAUCUCGUCCAUGAGUUUGUCAACAAUGAUGGACUCGACUGCCUUAUCAAAGUGGGCUCGGAGGCGGACCAGAACUAUCAGAAUUAUAUACUUAGGGCCCUGGGACAGGUGAUGCUGUACGUCGAUGGUAUGGAAGGGGUGAUCAGACAUAAUGCCACAGUGCAGUGGCUGUACGGCCUACUCGCAUCAAAGGGCCGCCUGGUGGUGAAGACAGCACUUAAACUGAUCCUGGUUUUCGUGGAGUACACUGAGAGUAAUACACAACAGCUCAUCAAGGCUAUCAACAGUGUUGACUCUCGCAGAGGAUCCCGACCUUGGUCCAACCUAAUGAACAUUUUGGAUGAAAAGGACGGCACUGACACAGAGCUCCUGAUCUACACCAUGACUCUAAUCAACAAGGUCAUCAAUGCACUGCCUGACCAGGACUCCUUCUACGACGUGACGGACGCGCUGGAGGAACAGGGGAUGGACCGAAUUACGCAGAGGCACAUGAACCGCAAGGGUGCCGACCUCGAUCUCAUCACACAGUUCCAGACAUAUGAGGCUGCCCUAAAGAGUGAAGAUGGAGAGGACAAAGCUGAUAUUCCUCAGCUUGAAAACCUCAGACGUCAGCCUCGUACCACUAGUAAAGAUGAUGGUCGUAAGAGUCGGCGCAGUGUUGGCAUGGCCAAGAUGACAAAGUCAGUCAGCAUGUCGGUACUGCCUCAGAAACCCCAGGAGACGGAGAAACUGACUCCAGCAGAAAUGUACAGGAAGAAAAAGCAGCUUGACCAGUUCCGUCCUCCAACUGAAGACAAUGAUCCCUUCCCCAUGCUCAGUCGCAAGUCCUUCCCUCAAGACCAGCAUAAUGGAAACCAGUCCUCAGAAAGUCGACAGGAACGCAGAGAGAGACGGCGGGAACGUCAACUGACAUUACGAAAGGAACAGGAAUUGAAAAUCGUUGAUCUCCCCGAGGCUGAUCGCAUAUCAGUUGCCAGUAUAUCAUCCACCAGCACCACCAGUAGCUCUAGCUCCUUCCCCCCAGAAUCUGCCCACGAUCAUUUGCCAGAUCCGGAUCCAGCCUCGUUUAGUUCUUUCAGUGAUAUUGACUCAUUAGAUGACCAAAGAAGCUCCAAAGGCUCGAGAUUGAACGAGUCUGGCUAUCAGAGCUUCAACAGUCAGGGAGACAACUACGAACCAAAUAACUUGGAUGCUAAGAACAAUGCAUUGAAUCAAGGACAGAUGCGUAAUGCUCCUGAAGGUGAGUCUGAGGGACUGUCAAGCAACAAGAGAUGGCAGGUGUACAAACAGCAGCAUGGUCUCGAUGACGAUGACUUGCAAGGUCCGUUUAUUCAGGGAGGGAGUGUGUCUCAGAGGAAGGAGACUUUCCAUGAAGGAUCCAGUGCCAAUGUGCCUCCAAAAAAGCAUGUUUUGGACAGAUUUCCUGAUGGCAGUGUACAGAGUGCUGUUAGUAGGUUUGGUCCUCAAGAUGAGUCCAAACUGCCCAUUGAGAUGGGCAGACCUCAAGGUGAUUCUAGUGGUUUGAUUGGGCGUGCUAAGGAUGGCUUGCAUUCUAAGCCUGCUGCACCCAAACCUGUGCCAGAGCCAGAAGUGAAGAAGACGGAGAGUGACAUGCAGUGGGAGAGGAUUCAGAGGAGACUGAAGCGACCUCUGAAAAUUAAAGACAUGGACUUCACAGAUCUCAGGGAUGAGGAUGACGAUGAUGUGUUCGCACCUACUAAGAUGGCAUUUGACAUGAAUGGUGAUAUGCCUCCCCCUCCUCCAAUGGGUUUCCCUCCCCCACCACCACCCCUCGGUGGUAUACCACCCCCCCCACCACCAAUGAUGGGAGGCAUGCCCCCACCCCCACCUCCAGGAAUGCCUCCCCCACCCCCUCCCAAUAUGGCAGGUCCUCCUGCAGAGGACUCUAACUUGCCGCCUCCUUUGGGAGCCAACUUGCCAAAGAACAAGAAGACUAUCCGUCUCCAUUGGAGAACUCUGCAGACCCAGCCCCCGACUCCUAAAUCGAAGGAUGAGACAGUGUGGAAGCAGCUAGUCCCAGUCAAGCUGGAUCCUGAGAAGCUGGAGCACCUGUUUGAAACCAGGACCAGUGAGGUUAAGACUAAGGAAGUGAAACAAGAAACCGGGUCCAGGAAGGAGAUUGUUGUGUUAGAUCCAAAGCGAUCAAAUGCUAUCAACAUCGGUCUGACUGUCUUGCCACCUCCAAGGACCAUCAAGGCAGCCAUCUUGAAAAUGGAUGUGUCAAUCAUGAAUAAGGAGGGCAUUGAAAAGAUCCUGUCGACGAUGAUCCCGACAGAUGAGGAGAAGGGGAAGAUCCUGGAGGCUCAGAUGGCGAACCCUGACAUCCCCCUCGGGACAGCCGAGCAGUUCCUCCUGACUCUGUCUUCCAUCUCCGAGCUCAUCCCCAGGCUCAAGCUCUGGCUCUUCAAGCUGGACUUCGAGAACAUGGAACAGGAAGUGUCUGAGCCCCUGAUGGACCUGAAGAAGGGCAUUGAUACACUGACGAUAAACAAGACGUUCAGAUGUAUCCUGUCCACAAUCCUCGCGAUUGGUAACUUCCUAAAUGGUGCACAGACACGAGCUUUCUCGGUCGAUUUCUUGUCUCGGAUCCCGGAGGUGAAGGACACAGUCCACAAACACUCUCUUCUCCAUCACCUGUGUAAUGUCAUCCUGGAACAGUUUCCAGACACCACUGAUCUCUACUCCGAACUUGGACCUCUCACACGGUGCUCUCGGAUUGACUGGGAUGAACUCACCAAUAAGUUGAACAAGCUGGAACAUGACUGCAAGUCAUCGUGGGAUUACCUCCGAGCCAUCAUCAAACACGACGGCACCUCCUCAGAUAUGAAGGGAAAAAUGCUGGUGUUCCUGGGUGAUGCUGCUGAGAGGAUCAUGUUGCUGCAAGUCAUCUUCAAGAGAGUCAUCAACAGGUUCCACAAGUUCCUGUUGUUCAUGGGGCUGCCAGUACACAUGGCCAAGGACCAGCGGAUCAAUCACUUCUGUAAGGUCAUCAGUGAGUUCGCCCUGGAGUACCGCACGACUCGGGACAAAGUCAUCCAGCAGCGGGAGAAGAAGGCCAACCAGAGAGAGAGGAAGAAGACCAGGGGCAAGAUGAUUGUGGAGACGGACAGAUUCGCCAAGUCUAAGGAUGGUCAUCAAGAGGAUGAGCUGCAGAAGCUGCUGAAGAACGGCUACGCUAGUGCUGAUGAACGCGGUCUGCCUGGACAGAAAAUCAGGAAGCGAAUAGAUGCAAGAAGUAUGGGAUCUCGGGGCUGUUUGACAACCGAUUCCGAGAUGUACGACACAGGAGACGAUGAGAUUCUGGAGGCAUGUGUCCGCACAGCCACAGCGCCCUCUACACGUGUGCCCAAAGAGAGGCGGAGGUCACGCAGUCAAAGAAAAUCAUUACGUCGGACAUUGAGAGGUGGCCUUGACCUCAACGAGUUGCAGGCCGUGAUUGGAGAAUCUGACCAAGUUUGAUCAUCGCUCAUGUCUAACGUCACCUUAGUCUUUCACAGUCAACUACAGCCCAUUUUGUCCCUUGUCGCAUAGCUAUCGACCUUCGUUCAACGUCCACAUGGUUUACAGUCAUGAGGCAGUAUCGAACAAGUACUGCACAUACGAUGAAUUUGCUAUGCAAUGAUUAAUACAAAUAUACAUGUUUGAAGCUGUCUCAAGAACUGCUGGAAUAUUUAGUUGACAUCUUCACGUGCUUAGUUAGUAUGAACAGCAUUCAGUACAUUUGGUAUGCAAGUCGUGAUUUUGAACUGGCGUAACCUGAGGAUAUUCGACCUGCUAGCUUCGUAAUAUCUAUCAGAGAUAUUCAUCGUCAUGAAUUAUUUCAUUAAAUAACAUCAGAAUAUUGAAAGAUUUAUGUUUAGUUGAUAAACAAUUCGUUACAACACGGCAAAGAAAAUGUCAGUGAACAUGGUGUCAAUUCUGUUUUUGCAAAAUAGAAGAAUACGUAUUAGUGUCGGCAGUGAUGAUGUUGACAUGAACGAGAGAGGUCGUAUAAAGUCAACAACAGGAUUGUGAGCGUACACAUCCACCAGUAAUCUGUGAUAACAUUCUAGCUUGCUGAUCUGAUGACAUCUUGUUGGAUUUCAUUUGCCGACAUAUUUUUUAUUUUUAUACGAGUAGAGUUUGUAAGACUAUUUGGGGGGACUCAUCAUGGACCAAGUAGGAUAGGCGAUAAAAAAAAGUACAAAAGUUCAAAUUUCAAUAUCUUAUAAGGAAUUUAAUGCCCCAAACAGUGGUAUGUGCAAUAUGCUAUUUGAUAUAGUCAAUAGUGAUGUGUUCUGUUACUGACGAUGUAUGACACAUUUGUAUUUAGUGUUGUUAUAAAGGUUUUGUUACCAUGAUUUCAAGUAGCCUAGCAGUUUGAUCUUUUUGAUGUUAUUUCAUUGUAAAUAGAAUGUUAACGAAUGCAAUUGUACAGGUGUACAGACGAAAUCAUUUGCAUUUACAUCAUUAAAAUAUUUGUUAUUUUUCUAAGUUACCUGCUUUAUAAAUGUGGAUUUAUUUAUUUAUUACUGACAUCAAGACAAAGUGUCCCUCAGAGCUAGCAGUAAUAAUCCAUUUUAAUGUGAAUCAUGAAUUAUAUCCAUUGAUUGCAAUAACACAUGUCCCAACUAUGAAGCACCAGACGGAAAUUACUUACAUCCAAUGCAAAAACAGCCCUUAUAAUAUGGCAUUGACAAAAAUCAACAUAUGAAUGUUUUACAAUGAUGCACCAAUGUAGCUAUGUUCAUUUAACCAUAAAUAUGAAUGAAAAUAUGUCCAGAGAAAACGUUCCUAAAAUCCAGUAUAUUUGGGACAUGCUAUAUCUGAGUUAUAUCCCGGGUUCUUGCAUGACCGUCAUGUGACAUGGUGUUGAAGCUGUUAUAAAAUGAUUAUUGUCAGCUCUGAGAAGAAUGUGUACAGUUACAGUCAAUAUAUUGUGAAUCUGGAUAAGAUACUUCUACUAAUGAGCAGUCUUGUCUGAAAGGAUGAUUACACUCAUUAACUGUGAGACCAAUAUUGUUGAUGCACUAGUCAGUCAAACAUAGAAAGUCACUUUGACCAUUGUCUAAAAUGUUGAACACGUCAGCAUAUUUGGGCAUUACUCCUAAGCUUUACAUGCACAGUAUUUAUUCAUGAGUUAAUAGGUCUGCAUUAGUACUAAUAAAAGUAAAUAUUUAAUUAGAAUCAUCUCCCUUGGGACGCAUUUAGAAUGUCAGAUCAUGCCCAAUCACUGAUAUUCUGUAAAUGAUACAUCGUGACAUGAAGCUCAUUUACAGUUCUUUCAGACAAUAUGAAACUUAAAUAGGCAUGUGGCUCGCUAGUCAUCUUAUAUGGAGGAGCUCCAGCGUAAUGGCUGCCCUAAAGGGAGACUGUGUACAUAUAGUGUUCUAGCAAGAGAAAGUAUUACAGUUAGCUGACUUGGUAUGUUUUUUGAAAAUAUAUUAGAUAUAUAUGGUGCCUUCAAAUCUGGAACCGUAAACUUUGCCUGAGAGACUGGUGCUGAUUGAUAUCCCAAAGCAAUGGGGUUUUUAUUGCAUACCCUCAGCAUGCUUGUAUUCACCAUUUUGUUAUAACAUUUAGAUGUUCUUAUGCACAGUGUAGCCAUAGUGUGCCUGAAAAACUGUUGUCAUGGAAGCUCAAUCUAAUGGCCAGUGAUGAUGUUACCAUAGUAACUAGUUUAUGCACGUACCUAAAUGUUAGAGAAAACAGGCAGAGCUGGCAUCUGCUGAAUGUGUAGCAACAGUGUGGUUUCUGGAGUGGUUGGCUGCAAGAGUCGCUUCGGUAUGUGGAGUGGUCUGCUGUAUGUGUAGCCACAAGUUGGCACGGGACUGAUCUGCUGCAAGAGUAUUCGUGGUCCGUUGGUCUGCUGCAAUAGUAGCCACAGUUUGGUAUCUGGAGUGGUCUGCUGUAUGUGUAGCCACAAGUUGGCACGGGACUGAUCUGCUGGA